AUGGAUCCGAAGGGUUUCUACGGUACAAGUCUACAACAGGACGGUUCUGAUUCAGGGUUCGAGAUGAGCUUCGAUUCGGAAAACGAAGCCGGCUUCUCGCUGGACGACACCACUAUGGGGUCGGAGGGUUUCGCGUCUUCGGUGAGCGUGGCCGAAGAAGAAGACGGUCUUCUACGCGUGGCCAAGCCCAGGAAACGCCGGCAGAGACGGACCCGGGAUAGGAGCCCCACACAGAUAAUCAAAAUCAAAAAACACCGUCGGAUGAAAGCCAACGACAGGGAACGGAACCGGAUGCACAUGUUGAACGAGGCGUUGGACCGACUCCGGUGUGUGUUGCCGACCUAUCCUGAUGACGCUAAGCUGACGAAAAUCGAGACCCUCAGGUUCGCUCACAAUUACAUCUGGGCACUGUCGCACACGCUUCAGGUGGUCGAGUCCACCGACCAAUCGCCGUUGGACCGGGAAGAGCCGCUUACGCUAACCAUGGGUGACGUCACCGUCAGUAUCGGCCAGAACGGGAACACGAUCACAUCGUCGACGGGAACUUGCGCUCUGGCCCAACAAAAGAAACCGUGUGCAAUGACCGAGCCGCUGGCGACUUCAACGCCCGUUAAAAAGUCCACAGGUCAUCACUGUCUUAGCGCCAAUGAUUCCGGAUACUUUGAACAGCAAACCUUUACCAGCACCUCCUACUCCUCGGCCUACGCCGACGACAGCUGUUACCAAGCAGACAAAUGGACCACCACCAAACCGUUCGACUGCCAAUUGCCCAACAAAAUCUACUCGCAGUCUUACCACGAGUAUCAGAACACUUGGACGCAAGACACCACUUGGCAGAGCUCUCUGUACACCGACCAAAGGUACCAUCACCAAGAACCGAUGAUGUUUUACUCCUGAGACUUUCGCCGUGUCUGGUGCCCCGGAAUAGGUACAAUUAAUUGUUUGCUCAAUAUUAAAAAAAAAAAUUAUUAUUUUUGCAAAAGACAAAAUGCAUUUGUACUAACCUAUAUGUAAUAACUACGGAUUG